AUGAGCACAGAAGACGUGUCCAGAAUAUUCAUGCCUCAGCGCAAGACCGUCCAGAGAAGUAACUCGUCAUCGUCGUUAUCCUCGAAUGCGUCCUCAUCAUCAACAUCUUCCUCGGCUACUACGACCGAUGCCUCUUCGGCAUCUUCUGCAGCCACCGGCGAAGCCAACACUGUCGCUGCCAAAAAGAAGACGAGAGGUGGUUUCUGGCCAGUGUCGAAAGCCGAAUCGACUUCGGGUGUAAGCGCUGCCCGUGCGAAUGGGUCCGUUCAACCUGCUUCUUUGAUCUCCGGGAAGGCGCCUAUACAGCCAGCGCUUCCGACGCAAAAUGGUAACCAACAAAAUGGCGCCAGAGUCGUCAAUGGUGCAGUAUCGCAGGAUACCUCGGCACUCCUCGCACUCCUGCCGAUGAACGGCACCUUUGAACGAAAGCAGAUCAACGUCCCAUUCUUCCCCGAUAUAUUGCGCGUGGGCCGACAGACGAACGCAAAGACUGUCCCCACGCCAACGAAUGGUUUCUUCGACUCGAAGGUUCUGAGUCGACAACACGCCGAGGUCUGGGCUGAGCGUAACGGCAAGGUCUGGAUCAGAGAUGUGAAGUCUUCGAAUGGCACCUUCGUUAAUGGCCAGCGCUUGUCCCAGGAGAACCGAGAAUCAGAACCACACGAGCUUCGGCAGCACGACACCCUGGAGCUGGGCAUCGAUAUCGUAAGCGAGGAUCAAAAAACAAUUGUCCAUCACAAAGUUUCGGCCAAGGUCGAGUACGUCGGUCUGCCGGGAACCACUAAUAACGUCCUUGAACUCAGUUUUGGCGAUCUCGAUCCUUCCCAUGGCGGAUCGUUAUUACCGCCGAUCUCAAGCAGCCCCAUGAUGCAGUCGAGGAGUCGCCCUGGCGGCGUCGCGGGUCCAGUCAGGUCAGCCCCUUCUAGUAUCGCAGGCGGCCAAAUGAGUGCAGCGGCGCAAAACAGACAGAUCAACCUUUGGGGACCACCUUUAAGUGUUGAGCAUUUGGUAAAGCAGAUUUCGCACGAAAUGAGGGCUGCCAAGCAUCAAGCAACAGACCUCGACAAUAUUGAGAAAGUUUUCGACAGCAUCAUCUCGCCUGGCAGUAAACCGUCACCAGCCAAAGACGAGCCACAGUCGAAAGAAGAAAGCCAACCCCGACAGGCAAACGCGAAACCUCGGUCGAUCCGCACAGAUAAUCUGGCCAGGUUCGCCGAUCCACCCGCUCCUCCGCCUCAACUACCACUGCCGGAAAAGCCCGACAGUGCCAAGUCGACGUCUCUCAACUCCAUGUCCUUGAGCAGUCUAUUGAAGCGGACAGAAACGGCCAAGCCAGGAAGCAACGGCACAUCGCCAACAAGCGGCAGCCAGAGCUCCAUGCUACAGCUGGUGGAGGCACUGAGUCAGGCCAGGAAAGAGUUGGAGUCACAUUCAAUUCGAGUGAAAGAGUUGGAGGAAAUGCUCAAGGACGAACGCUCCGCACGCGCAGAUGCCGAAGAGCGUGCCCGCAGGCUGGAGCAAUCAACCGCCAAUCGACCCAUUACAAAUGUCGAGGAGAUCUCUAGUUCUGACGAAAAGCCUGUGGUUGCGGAACCACCACCCGAGAGCACCAAGGAGGUCGAAACGAGCACUGCGGAAGACGACCGUGAUCUGCAGACCCGGUUAGACCACAUGGUUGCAGAAAUGCAAAAGAUGAAGACGGACAUGGACAAAUUCAAGACGCGGGCGGAAUCGGCUGAAGUGGACGCAACGAAAGCCCGGGAAAGCCUCGCAGAAAUGAUCCAGCGACUUCGACAAGAAAACAGCGAGGAAGACGCAGUCGCAGUGGAUAAGACCACCAGCAAGUCGAGCAGUACCAAAGACAGCGAUCCGACCGAAGAUGCUGUCGAGGCUGGCACCAAGGGCGGCUCAGCCAACGGCCACGUACGGACGCCCAAAUUACCUGCACACCUCGAGCAGGCAGUGGCGACGGCGCUUCGGCAAGGCAGCUCCAACAAUAGCGAAGCCCUUGCGCAAUCAGCGCCAUACGUGUCCAUGCUUGGGGUUGUGCUGAUAGGAGUGGGGCUAAUGGCCUACCUUAACUCGUGGCAGAAGACGGACAAGUGA